GAGUCUCAUAGGAUUUGACAACAUUUUGAGGCUUUUGUACAGAGGCGGCAUGUCGGAGCUACAAACUAAAGACGACCGCCCAGCAUGGGCACGCAUCUCAUUCCCAUCAAAUUGGAAUAGUGAGCGGCUUUUGAAUCUCACUGUUGAAGGUUUUGCUCAAGUCUCGGAAGAUGAACGCAAACAGUUAAAAGAUAGUAUUCGAAGAUUUCCCUUCUCACAAGAAUACGCUAAGUUAAGUGAUCUUAAUAAAGCUCUCCGGAAAGCCAAUGAGCGGCCUCCUACGCCCCCAUCAUAUGUGCCACCUGGAUGGACUGUGAACCAAGCACGAGGUCUCAGUUUGGACCUGGUCACGAAAUUAUCGGAAGAUGAACAACGACUAUGGGCUGCAGGAAAGACGGCCGACAGCGCCCGGAGAGAAUACAAGCAGGGCCAAUUACCUGCUAAACCUCCGUCGUAUAUACCUACGGGUUGGUCUGCCGAGCAGGCAAUAUUCCCCACCUUCGAGAUAUUAUCGCAGCUAUCGCACAAGGACCUUACAAGAUAUAUGGAAGCUCGAAACCAGGCGAAUAUGGUAUUGUCGCCCGACAUAGCUCCCCCCCAGGCAGUACAAAUAGCUCCAUCGCCACUCGUCCAAACACUCCAACGGGCGGGCUUUCCAUCAUGGGGUUUUGUCAUCGUGCGAACUUACUACGCCUCUGAGAGUCGUUGGGAGGAGUUCCAAGAGAGACUCGGCGCGAUUUGCGAUAAACAGCUUGACGAGGAGACGGGUGAAGGUCUUGAAAAGAUUAAAGAAGCUCUCGAAUUCAAGACUAUCGAAGACCCGCGGCUUGAAGAUGUAGGUGUUGAAGAGGCCAGAAAGCAUUUUCAUAUCGCUAAAUCAAUGGGAGGUGUCGCUGCGGGUUUCGAGCUUGGUGUCCUGAUAAUGGUUGAUGCAGGGACUAUGGACUCGGUAUUGGAUGAUGAUGCCGAUGGCCAUCAGACUUCCUAUGUUAGGGUAGUUGAUGUUACGGAACCUAGCGAAGAGGGAGGCUACCAAGGGCACUUCAAGGUCUCUCUGGACGCGUUACUUUGCGAGUUUUACCCUAAACUCUCUAUGGGGCUCAGUCCAAGGGAUCUCUGGUCUAUGAUGGACGAGGAGGAUGGAACAUGGAUAGGAGAUGAUGAGUGAAAGUAUAUUUCUCUGAGAAGUAUAAUCCCAAAGCUCAUGGUCGGUCGGAACCUUAGGCACCAAGUACUUCGGUUGGCAGAAAUGUUAUGAGAAUAGCCUAUUAACCAGCUUUGCAAGACCUCGAGACAGCGAGGACGACAAGCAGACCCAAAAACAGAGCCAUUCCAGACAUUUUGAUGGCCAUCGUCCUCGAGUAGGAAAUGAUCUGUAUCAGUUCUUCCCUUUCGAGAUCAAGAACGUCUCGCGCCGCAUAGUAAUCCCGUGUUUCGCGCCAGGAAGACCGGAAGAGAGAUGGG